UAAACUUAUUAAAUAGAUAUUUGAAAAAUGGCACCUAGCAAAGCAAUGAAGAAGAGCCGAAAAACUAGAGUGAGUCAAAUUCCUGGACUUCAUAGCACCUUGACCGAAGAUGAAUCACAGUCUCAAGGUCACGAAGAGUCCGGCUAUGCUGGCAUGGAAGACUGGAUGCAACCAAAGCAGCUUUUGAAGCCUGACGAUCAGCUGGAAUUAACAGAAGGCGAACUUAAGGAAGAAGUGACCCGUAUCUUGACUGCCAAUAACCCUCAUGCACCAGACAAUAUUAUUCGCUUCAGUUUCAAAGAGAAUCAGUUCAAGCAAGUGGCUCACGUGGACCAGCUAGCAGUCCAUUUCACUCUUGAUGGAAACCUACUUCACAAGGAUUCAGAAGAUGCGAAACACCAAAUGGCCAGACAGGCGCUCUCAGAAUGUUAG